UGGAGCUGUAGCUCUCGUGGCUGGUGACGGGGUGUCGUGGCCCGGCCGAUGGUGUCCCAAGGGUGGGACCAGCCACCACUGCUAUAAAUAGGACUGAUUGCGAACUGAAAUCUGAACUUCUGAGCAUGGAUGAGAUGCCGAGGUCUGGGGUGGGGCGAGCAGUGCCCGGGAGGUGGUGUGGUGUGCGUGUCCUGUGCUGAGGAGCCCAACAGCAUGUGCUCGAUGCCACUGCAGCGCCCAUAGGGCUGUGGCACAACCGGGACGUGGACCACAGCACCAGAGCACACCCAUAAGGGAUCUCCAUCAGGCACCAGGCAAUGGCAGGAGCUCAGGUGGGGCUGCCGGGACCUUUCCCGGAGCCCCCGGUUGGGCCAUGCCCCAUUUCUGACUCUGACUCAGACUCUGAGGAUGCAGCUGCAGGUGGCACAGGACCUGGUGCUGGGACACAAAACCCAUCCCAGGUCAUCCACAGUGGCCAUUUCAUGGUGUCGUCCCCGCACAGUGACUCACUGCCCCGCCGGCGCCACCACCGCACCGAGCCCGAAGCGGCUGAUCCCCGGAGCAUCGACCCGACCCUCACCCGGCUCUUCGAGUGCAUGAGCCUGGAGUACAGUGGGAAGCUGGUUUCUCCAAAGUGGAAGAAUUUCAAGGGGCUGCGGCUGCUUUGCCGGGAUAAAAUUCGUCUCAACAAUGCUAUCUGGAGAGCGUGGUACAUCCAAUAUGUGGAGCGGAGGAAGAGCCCAGUGUGCGGCUUCAUCACCCCACUGGAGGGGUCGGAGGCUGAUGAGCAUCGCAAACCAGAGGCUGUCGUGCUGGAGGGCAACUACUGGAAGCGCCGCAUAGAGGUGGUGAUGAGAGAGUACCACAAGUGGAGGAUCUACUACAAGAAGCGGCUCCGAAAGUCCACCCGGGAGGGAGAGCUCUCCAGCCCAAAGCAGGGUGAGGAUGUCUGGAGGCCAACAGAAAAGUGGUGCAACCAGCUCUUCUGUAAUGUGGUGCCCAUGCUGCUUGGGGAUGAGGAAGAGGAGCCAGGCAGUAGGCAACAUUUCGACUUGGACACCUUCCUCUCGGACAUCUCUGACACCCUUUUCACCAUGACACAGACACCCAGCACCCACCAGGCACUCCCUGAGGAUGCAUAUGUUGGGAAUGCUGACAUGAUCCAGCCGGACUUGGCCCCCCUGCAGCCCAGCCUGGAUGAGAUGGAGAUCUCAGACAUUUUCACCACCCACCAGCUGCCGCUACCGCAGACGCAACUGGGCUACCAGGAGCCGCCCUGCUUCACGCCCAUGGCCGAGCCCCUGUUCCGCAGCGGGGGACCCCUGAUGGGUGCUCGGGGGCUGCCAGCCAGCCCUGGGGCUCCGCUGCCCCCCAGCACCCUCCUGCAGCCCGGCGGUGCCUCCCAGCUGGGACUUCACAGUGCCUUCCUGACCCCUGGGCCCCCCCUGGCACCGCUGCCCCCCGAGCCGCCCACCGUGUCCCCCAGUGCCCUCAGCCCCCCACUCCCACACAAGCCCCAGCUGCACUACGGCCUCCCCAGCAAGUGCCUCGGCAUGGAGCCGUUGGGACCCCCAUAUGCCCUGCCCAGCCCGGGACCCCCGUUCUGCCCCACCUCAGCCCCCCGCUCCAAAUUCCCAUACGCCAGCUCCCCCAGCCCUUCGCUCCUCGCCAACCCGACUUCACCCCUCUCAGCGCCCUGCUUCACCCCCCACGCCCCGGCGCUUGGCUACGCCAUGGGCGCGGUGCCCCCAGGGUACCCCAACCCCACUGCCCGGCUCCUGCCUCCCGCCCCACUGGGAGACCCUGGCUUUGCCCCCACCAAGGGGCUGCCCCAGGGUGGGAGUGGGAGGAUGAAGGCGAAGCCCUGCGGCACCAAGGCGAAGAGGCUGCCGGGCAAUCCUGUGCCACGCCAACUGGCCUUGCCCGGCCCUGGUGUGAGCCCGCCGGUGACCACAGCCGAGCAGGAGCCAGCCUUGGAUGCCCCACGCCCGAGGGGUGCAGGACUCAUGCCCGUGUCCCCUGCCUCCUCGCAGCACAGCACUGUCCCCGAGGUCCCUCCUGCCUUCCUCUCCAGAAUGGCCCAGUUGAGCCCAGGGCUGGCUCCUGGUUCCAGCCCUUCACAGGUGAUGCCGGGGCCAGCAGCUCUGGUGGACGCCCAGCCAGGACCAUUGCCCAUCCCCAAGGUGGAGCAGCUGUCCCCCACUUCAUCUUGCGGCAGCGACUGGCCCAAGCCCAGCCACGCUUCCCCAGGAGCCACUGUGGGGCUGGGCGCUGGCAUCUCACUGCAGCCCCCCGUGUCCCGUCGGGGCAGGCCUGAGUCCAGCAAGAUGGAGAGCCGCCGCAUCACACACAUCUCUGCUGAGCAGAAACGACGCUUCAACAUCAAGCUGGGCUUUGACACACUGCACAGCCUGGUGAGCACGCUGAGCACCCAGCCCAGCAUCAAGGUCAGCAAGGCCACCACCUUGCAGAAGACAGCCGAGUACAUCUGCAAGCUGCAGCAGGAGCGGGCAGCCCUGCAGGAUGAGGCACAGCGGCUGCGGGAGCAGAUCGAGGAGCUCAACAGCUCCAUCAACCUGUGCCAGGAGCAGCUGCCAGCCACGGGGGUGCCCAUCACACGCCAGCGCUUCGACCAGAUGCGCAGUAUGUUCAAUGAGUACGUCCGCUCUUCCACGCUGCAGAACUGGAAAUUCUGGAUUUUCAGCAUCAUCAUUCAGCCCCUCUUUGAGUCUUUCAAUGACAUGGUCUCCACUGCCAGCAUGGAGAGCCUCACCCAGACAUCUCUCGCCUGGCUGGACCAGCACUGCUCCCUGCCAGCGCUUCGGCCGACUGUCCUGAGCUCCCUCCGGCAGCUGAGCAUUUCCACCUCCAUCCUGAGUGACCCAGCCUGCAUUCCAGAGCAGGCGACACAGGCUGUGGAGGGGAUGGGCCGUGGCUGCUCCUAGCUGUCCCCAGAGGGCCUCUCUCAGCUUUGGGGAGACCCUGGGAGUUGCUGGCGGGACCCUGGGAGCUUUGGAGAGACCCUGGGAGCUGCCAGCAAGACUGUGGGAGCUGCCGGCAGAACCCUGGGAGCUGCCAGUGAGACCCUGGGAGCUGCCAGUGAGACCCUGGGAGCUGCCGGUGAUACCCUGGGAGCUGCCGAUGAGACGCUGGGAGCUGCCGGUGAGACCCUGGGAGCUACCGGCGGAACACUGGGAGCUUUGGGGAGACCCUGGGAGCUGCCAGCAAGACUCUGGGGAGACCCUGAGAGCUGCCGGCGGAACCCUGGGUGCUGCCAGCAGGACCCUGGGAGCUGCCGGCGGGAGCCUGGGAGCUGCCGGCGGGAGCCUGGGAGCUGCUGGCCACCAUGGUGAUGCCAGUGAGGAGCCCUCAGCCAAGCUGCUCAAGCACAAGGCAGGCUGGGACCAUGGAGUCUCUCUGCCAUGGGCUCGGGGAGCCCCUGGCUGCACCCCUGGGUGGCCAAGGCAGCACAGACCCUGCAACCCUCGGCCGGUGCCUGGUCACGGGGAGCUGCCUCAUAAAGGACUCUCUCUCUGCCCACAAGCCCAGCAUGGUUCUUCCUGCCCUAUGUAGGGCAGAGCAGGGGAAGGGCAGGAGGAGGAUGAGGGUAGAGUGAGGGCAGGAGCAGGGUGAGGGUUAGGGCAGGGCGAGGGGCUGGAGCAGAGUGAGGGAAGGGUGAGGGCAGGGGCUGGGUGAGGGCAGGGUGUGGUGCUGUGGAAAAAGGCCAAACUCAAUAAUCAAUGCCAAUUUGAUUAUUAAGCAGGUAUUGUUUUAAUAAAUAAUACGAUGCCAGACACACAGGGAAUCAUUUCACCUAAUGUGUGUGUCCAUUGAGGCUGGUUACAGGACUUUUAUACUGGUUAAACAUACAUAUUCAUAUAGAUUCCAAGAAACACUGGUUACAUAUUCUGGAAAUAUUGGUUAAACAUACAUAGAACUCAUUGUAUCUUCUCACUCACUCUUGAACGUACAUCACAGUUCCUCUGCGUCUUCAGAAUCCUCUGAUGCUCUUUAUUUCAUCUCCUUCCUCUUUGUGUCCUCUUGGUGAGCUCAGGUCUGUCCUUUGUUCCUGCUGAGGGACUGUCCUUGUUUCAACUAGUAAACAAGCUAAACUCCUGUUACAAUCAC